CCAAAUUUCAACAAAUUCAACAACAUUACAUAUUUUUUCAUUUUCUCAAAUCCUCAAACUACAAAUAAAAUACAUGUCGAUUGGAUCGGUGCCACCAAAGCAACGGAAACAACAAGAACACGUCAGGGUCCCACUCCCACCCCUCAUACCUCCUCCACCUUCAGAUCAACACUCACUCGAGUUCAAUCAAUUUGUUUAAAUUCUCUGCGUUUUCCCUACAUUCGAUCCUGUUCAUUACAAGCAUUGCUUUCACAAGUAAUAAACAGUGUUGAUUUCUCGAAAUUUUGUAACUGAAGAUGCAAGCUCUAAGCGUCAGUGUCAAUGGUUUCCAUGUCCAAAAUCAUAGCAGUAGGGUUUCGUCGGGUUCGUGUCAAUUCAGGAACAGAAAAAGCACUGUGCGCAUGAUUGGGAACGGGAGAGAUUCUGAUUUUGUCUCGCGACUCGGUGCCGGUCAUAUGCGCCGCAUAGAGCCUGGUAGCGCCGGCGCCAGAAGUGUGUUCCGCUCCUCUACAAAGUCCAGAUCAGUCAAAGCUCAAGCUUCCGAUGGAGAUAUUACUCCUCUCAAGAUCCAAUCAAAGUCUUCUGGAUCAGUUUUGCCUUAUGUUGGUAUUGCAAGUCUGGGAGCAAUAUUGUUCGGAUAUCAUCUAGGUGUUGUCAAUGGUGCACUUGAGUAUCUUGCCAAGGAUCUUGGUAUUGCUGAAAACACAGUCCUACAAGGAUGGAUUGUUAGCUCCACUCUCGCUGGUGCCACAGUUGGUUCAUUUACAGGAGGAUCUCUAGCUGACCAAUUUGGAAGAACAAAAACUUUUCUACUUGAUGCAAUUCCACUUGCAGUUGGAGCAUUUCUUUGUGCCACAGCUACAAAUGUACAAACCAUGAUCAUAGGCCGCUUGCUUGCUGGCAUUGGAAUUGGCAUAUCAUCUGCUAUUGUCCCUCUUUACAUAUCCGAGAUAUCACCAACCGAAAUCCGUGGCACACUUGGAUCUAUCAACCAGUUAUUCAUUUGCAUUGGAAUCCUUGCAGCUUUGGUAGCUGGACUACCCUUAGCCGGAAACCCUCUAUGGUGGAGAACAAUGUUUGGUAUUGCAGUGAUCCCUUCAGUUCUAUUGGCAAUUGGAAUGGCAUUUUCUCCAGAAUCCCCUCGUUGGCUUGUUCAGCAUGGGAAAAUCUCCGAUGCUGAAAAAGCAAUAAAGACAUUAUACGGUGAGGGGAGGGUCACCGAAGUUAUGGCGGACUUGAGUGCAUCCAAUCAAGGCUCAGAAGAACAAGAUGCCGGAUGGUUUGACCUUUUCAGUUCCCGCUAUUUCAAAGUUGUGAGUGUUGGUGCAGCACUUUUCUUGUUCCAACAAUUGGCUGGAAUAAAUGCGGUUGUGUAUUAUUCCACUUCUGUCUUCCGUACAGCUGGCGUUGCAUCUGACGUGGCAGCAAGUGCUGCUGUUGGAGCAGCCAAUGUUUUUGGCACAAUGAUUGCGUCUUCUUUGAUGGAUAAACAAGGGAGGAAAAGUCUUCUCAUCACAAGCUUUUCUGGAAUGGCUAUUUCCAUGAUGCUGCUCUCAUUAUCCUUCACUUGGAAAGUUUUAGCACCAUAUUCUGGACCACUUGCUGUCAUCGGGACUAUUUUGUAUGUGCUAUCAUUUUCACUUGGUGCUGGCCCUGUUCCUGCUCUACUAUUACCAGAGAUUUUUGCCUCCAGAAUUAGAGCAAAAGCAGUUGCCUUAUCACUUGGAAUGCAUUGGAUAUCAAACUUUGUAAUUGGGUUGUAUUUCUUGAGUGUGGUGACUAAAUUUGGGAUAAGCAAAGUGUACCUGGGAUUUGCAUCUAUCUGUGUUCUUGCAGUUAUGUACAUAGCUGCCAAUGUUGUUGAAACAAAGGGGAGAUCUUUGGAAGAUAUUGAACGUGAACUUAGCCCAGCUAUAUAA